CCCCGUUAGUAAUUGCUUUUGUCCAUCGUUACCAAGAUGGCGGCAGAUUUGAGUCCAGCAGAAAAAGAAACUCUUGAAGCGCUUUUACAGGUAAAACUUGGAUAAAUUAAGUUGGUUUUAACACCGAUAUUAUGUAGGGAAAAAAUGUUUUUCCUAAAAUGUUGUAGAAAAUAAUAAACAAUCGCAGUAGUACCAUUCAUGUGCUUUGUGCUGUGGCAGGGCAUUACAUUAACUGGCAGCAUGGCAACAUCCAGUGUAGGCUUCAUUAAUUACUGUAUGCUUGGGCACAUUGAUUUCAUGUCUUAUUUUUCGAGUGUAUUGUUUAAGGGCUUGCUGAUUACGCAUAGUUUUUAAGUUUUAAUAUGCUAUUUUCGAUGAUGAUGUUCAGUUGUUGAUGAUAGUGAUAGCCAGUUUACAGGGUUUACAGACGUGUCUUCUUAUGGGAGACCCUGAAUAGUUGUUGUUGUUUAGCUUAUCUGUUGGAUCUACUAGUUAGUCAUUAAAUUGUUUCAUGUGUUUUCGUUUUUUUACCCAUAUUUAUGCCAGAGCCUUCAAAGAGAUAUCAACUGUCUGGCAGAUGACAACAGAGGUACAAGAAAGCGAGCCCUGGAGAAGAUUAGCAAAGAAGUUUUUUCAAAGAAGUCAAAGUUAUCUGCUUCAGUAAUGAAAACUGUUUUUGAAGAAAUUUUAAAGCCUGUUUUGAAGCUGUUUUCAGACCCAACUGAAAAAUGCAGAGAGCUUUCUUUACAGAUGGUUACUGAGUAAGUUUAUGGUGAACUUGUCCAAAAACUAUAAGCAGACAUGAAAAUUUGGUGCGUGGUUGUUUUGCUGUACCAUGAAAUCGAUUGGCUGCAAAGCAUUUUUCUUUUCACUACAUCAACUGCUCCAAAAAGAGUUGAUUCACUUCAAAGCAUACAGGCAACUCUCUUGGAAGCGACCACCCUUGGUGCACAAAAAAGUGUUUGCUUACGGGAGGUGGUCCUCUAUGGGAAAACUCAAGGAAGUAAGCUUAAACUGAACUGAUUAAUGUAACUGCUUAAAAUUAUUAUCUUACAUCUCAAAAUUAGGUAAACAGACUUGUAACUGGCAAUGAUGUUUCAUAUCUAGUAGUGCUUGAAACAUUUUGAAACUUAAAUGAAGAUAUGAACGUUGCAGUGGUAAUUUCAAUUUAAGAAAUUACAAAUUAACCUGAAAAAAAAACUUGGGACUCCCGCAGGAUUCAAACCCAUGGCUUCUGCGUUAGCACGGCAACGCUCUACCAACUGAGCUACAAAGACCCAUACAUUGUAUCAUCGUUACAAUCCACCUUUUUACUUACACUCAUCUUUUUUGUAAGUCAACUGCUAUAAUCUAUCAAUAGGCUUGGUCAGCACUACCGGAAAACUGAGAGGAAUGGUUUUGUAACAGUUAUAUGUGAACAUACAUGGUGGUUGCUUGUGGGAAACAGAAAACAAUUUCUGGUUUAAAAGGUGGUUGCUGUGAGAGAGUUGAAUGUAUUUACUUUGAGAUGAUUUUUUGUUCUACCUAAUCAUGAAGCUUCUCAGCUAUUGUAGCCAAGUUGAUGCCCCUGUACAGUUUGACUAGUCGAAGCAAAUCCAAAAUGUCAAAUUAACACAACAACUUGUCUUCUGUCCCUGUUGAACUUUCUUAAUUAAUCUUCUUUUGAUUUUCUAAUUUUUAAACCAGGCAAAAAGAUUAAUGCCUGCCUUGAUGCUUUACCUUUACCACUCUAGAUUUGCUAAGCAAGUGGUGGACAUGUCCCAGUUUCUUCCAUAUGUAAUUCCAGCAGUGGUCCAAAGACUAGGCCAGCCAGAAUUAGUUGAGCCUUGUGAAGAAAUUAGACUUUCUACGGUGGAAAUGUUGCUCUCUGUUAUUGAGAUAUGUGGUGAAAAAGUUGGUGUAUAUAUCGAUGACUUGAUAAAAAUACUUCAGAGAACUCUUGUUGAUCCAUUUCAUGAUGUAAGAAAGGUAAGAAAGAUUUGGGAUUUAAUUGUUUGCACAGGCUGCCCAUCAACCCUCACAGGCUCACCCCAUUUUAUAAAUUAAGAAACACUGACCAGGCGUGUUAUUGCUGCCGCAGUGAGUGAGCCUGAAGCAAACAAACGAGGCAGCUCUCUAAUCAGCAAAAAAAUUACAUUAUAGGGGCAUUCAAUCACUUUUUCUUGCCAAACUCAAGGAAUUGUGCACAAUGGACUCGCAAGGAAUUGUGGUUAUGUGCGAAUGGAAGAUCUAGGAUGCACAGUAGACUCGCAAGGAAUUGUGGUUAUGGGAGAUUUAGAAUGUGCAGUGGAUCACCAUGUGCUUUCUUCUCACACUGAUUUUCAACUGCAAUUUGAAUAAUUUGCAAUCUCGUUAAAGUACGUCUAGAAACAAAAGGUCUAAUCAGCAAACAAACAAUUUUGCAUGUGCUGCAUACUUUUGCAGUUGGCCGACACUUGUCGACCGAGAACUGAAGGCAUUCAUUAUGAAUUAAUUAUUGCUGAUGCCAAGGCAGAAUGAAAGCAAAGUUCGAAACCUCUGUACAUUUGGGUUUGUUUUCAGAAAACAGAACACGCUCAAGACCAGCAAAAUAGCGUAGCAUAUGGACAAUGAAAUAGCCUCACUGGAGCAGGCAGCCAUUUUAUAUUUUUCAAGCAUAUUUUCACAAAAUGCAAUAUUUUAUAUAUAAAUCAGUUUUAUUAUUUGCUGAGGCUAUAUGGCCGGUAACUGGUCAAGAUUUACAAAACACUAAAUGACCAGCAAUCCGAUAUUUUAAGUAUAGUGAUUGGGGUUAAGCACUGACAAUACUGAUCAGGGUUAAGCACUGAAAAUACUAUUAGGGUUAAGCACUAACCAUACUGAUUAGGAUUAAGCCCUGAGAAUAGCAGGGCUAUUUAUACGAGAAAACUAAAACAUUAAUGUAUGAUAAUGUAUGAUAAGCUAAACUUUAUCAAAUUUAGACAGCAGGUUGACUUCAUUAAUAGCAGAGAGACGUUUUUGUUUUGUUUAUACCUGUAGGAAAGUUGUCGAUGCACAAAUGUUUUAGCUCCAGCUGUUCCUGAGCAGUUUUAUUUCCAAGCCAACUCACUUGUGACUCCUCUUCUAAAGUCUCUAUCUCACCAACAUUCUAAAGUCAGAGUUUCUUGUAUACAGGUAAGAAAUUAUUACUGUGUAGAUAAUGUAACAUGAUUUUCAACUCUGUGGUGUUUUUCAGUUGUUACAUUUUCCAGUCCUGGGCUCUAAAAUGGGUCUUUUUAGACAUGGUGGUCCAGACAUGCACUGACAAAGGUUGCAUAGGAUAAUUUCUAUUAUGUAGCAAGGUGUUUGUAAAAUAAUAGUUCUUAUUAUAUGAACGGCAGUAUUUUACAAGGAUUUCUACCACCGAGAAAUGUGGUAUCUGAACACACGUAAAAAUACGAUAUUUUUACAUGUGAAGAUAUCGAUAAUUUCACUGACAUCAGGUUUGUCUCUUAAAUUGGACUUAAAUUCGUUGGUGUAUCAUCGAAACAUCUUCGGGUCUUCCUCGAAAGUGCUCAGCAAUCUUUGGAAAUCGUCGGACAUCUUCGGAAAUUUUCGGAAAUUCUCGGAAAAUGUUCGGGAACGUUCAUCUGGUCUUCGGGACAAUUUGAAAAAUCGUCGGAAAUCUUCGGAAAAUCAUCAAAAACGCCGUCAUCAGUAUGUUUAUAUAAUAAACAGAAUAAUACAUGGACGCUUGGACAUAUGGAAUUUAUCUUCUCGUGUUCACAUUCGAUAUCUCACUCGUUCGCUGCGCUCACUCGUUCGAUAUCGAUGUGAACACUCAAAGAUAAAUUCCAUAUCUCCGCGCGACCAUGUAUUAUUCUCUAUUUGUUUUUUUUGUUUAAUCCUUCAGUUUUUGUUGAUUUGAAAUCCUGCAGAACAAAUAAGCAACCCUUUAAAAUAUGUGCCCCCUAGUUUUCUUAAGUCAGAAAAUUAAAUAUUUUUCAGGAUUAAUUUACAGUUUUAGACCUAAAAUUUUGAUUGACAGACAGUGUGUACACUUUUUCAUUGUCAUUGCUGUCUCCAGACGUUAGGUACUGUCAUUAGCUAUGGAGAUGGCAAAAAUGUGGAUGAUGUAGUUUCACAUCUUGCCCAGAGAACAUUUGACAGUGCACCAACAGUGAGAGCAGCUUUGACUGGUGUUGUUGGUGACUGGUUGUUAAAUCUUCGUGACAGGUGAAAAAAUAAUAUAGGAAGUUAGUACAGUGUACAUGUACAGUGAUUUUCAAAGAAAAGUGGAAUAGAUGGUGAGUCAAACAUGUACACUCUCUUGGUUCAUAAUCACUCCCUUACUUUGAAGACUGAAUACAGCAGCACUGCUGCUAUGUUUGUACUCUAACAGCACCAGGGAGCUUGGGGCAACUAACUUUUGAUUUUGGGAAACUUCAAAAUCUUACUCACACAUGGUUUGCACGGCCUGGAAUACUCCUAGAAAAACUGCUAGGUCCUUGAAAAGUCCUUAAAAACUGUUUUUCUUCUUGAAAACUCCUUGAAUUUGAAGAAGCGGUACUUGAAUUGUAUUAAAACCCAUUGAACUCUUGAGACUACAACAAAAUAAGUUCAUGUUUGACUUCAAAAGAUUGAAGGAAUUGCUGAGAAACACAUUUGAAGUCUCGAAAAUGAUGAGAAACUUUCUUUGUCAGGGCAAUUCAGUGUUUCUUUAAUAAUCAAAGUAUCUAAGUAACUGCAUCCUUAAUGGAGUUUCCCAUUGCAAGUGUAUUCAUCAGUCAAUCAGCCCCACUCUUAGCAAACAAAACCACAGCUGCUUGAGGGAGCUUGAAGCAUGAAAUUUAUUCAAAAUUUAUUUGCAUCUUUUUGUACUUACAGGUUUUGGUUUGUUGGCAUGACUGUGCAAAAUAUGUAAUAUUUGUGACAAAAUAAUGUGUGCACCUGAGAAAAGUAAAUGCUUGAAUUUUCUUAUUAAGUACUUGAAAAUUUAUGGAAAAGUUCUUGAAUAAAAGUUUAUGAAACCUUUAUGAACCAUGGUACAUUGUGUUUAAGACAAAAAUUUGUUGGGCACCCAAGACGUCAUAUAUGGAAUCCUUUAGGUAAUCUAAUCUUUUUUAGAGUGUAGCAAAGUCCAGUCAGGGCACUACACUUAGUCCAAAUCAUGUUGUUAAGGCUUUCUGAAAGUCAGCUACUUCCAGAGGCCAGAUGGAGUUGUCUGGCUUUUAAGUAACACUCACUUUUUAUGCCCUGGAAACUUGUACUCCACUAUCUUGGACCGUUCAAAUAAAUCUAAAUUGACAUAUUACGUGGAUUUCACCGAAAAAUCUGUGCUCCAUCCUUUCAUCAGAACAGAAAAUCCCUAAACAUGUGAUGGAGCCCUUCAACUGAUUCUUAUUUGGCUUUUUUCAAACCUCUUUCUUAAUUUAUGUUUUAUAUACAUUAGGUGUCUAUGUAUAUGUCAAAGUUAUAUUCAGGUUAAAAUUUUUUUUAACCCAGGUUGAUUCUCAAUUUCCUUUUUCUAGGGCUAGGAGACAAAGGAAAUUGAGAAUCAACCUAGCAGGUUAAAAAAUUUUAACCUGAAUAUAAUUUUGACAUGUAACAUUUACUAAUACUAUUAUUGGAGAACUUAUCAGUCACAUUGUUAUUUGUAGAUAUUCAUAUUUCCAUAAGUUACUGCCAUUAUUGAUGACAGGCUUGUCUGAUGAAAUGCCUGAUAUUCAGAAGCAGGCAAGACAGCUCAUGGACAAGGUAAUAAAAAUGCUUCUUAUUAUGUGACAAGUAUCAGUCAUUAACCCAUUCACACCCAGUUUAGCUGCCUGUAAAUGCCUGAGUGAAAAGUCUCUUAUGUAUAGCCUGUGUAGUAGGUGCUUGGAAGUAAUACACAAGAAAAGAAAGGUGCAUGUGAUGGAGACACACGCACCCCAUUCUUUCUUGUACCCAUUAUUUCCAAGCGCCUGCUACACAGGCUACUAACACGACAGAGGCACAUGCACCCCAUUUGCGAUUCUUUCUUGUGCCCAUUAUUUCCUAGUGCCUACUACACAGGCUACUGUCUUAUGUACUACUGGUAUGCACCAUGUAAUGAUUGGGAUCUUUUUGUGCGAGAUUCAGCCACAACAAGUAGGCCAGAGACAACAUAAAAUCAUGUGACUUUGACACAAAAAUGAAAAUGAGAAUCGUGUUCCACUAACCCCUGUACUUUUCUUAGAAUAUUUUUAAGGGUUUUGAAGCUUAGCAUUAAUCUCCCAGCAAAAGUAAAAAAAGGGAAGAGAAUCAAAAAAAGUGACGAGGAGAGAAAGUGAAAGAUGUUAAAAUAUCUCCCAUAACUGCAAAAUAAAAAAAAUAAAGAUACAUGCACACUUGGUCUUGUAUGACAGGUGGGUGAACAGUUUGCAGCGGAGAAUGAAGAUGAUUUAAAAGACAAAAUGGAUUUUGAGGAAAUCCCAGAUUACAAGCUUUCAACAGGUAACGUUACUUAAACAAUAAAUGCCAUGCUUCUCAGAUACAUUAGUUCUACAGUCUGGAAAUUUAUAAACUUUAAGAAGUACCUCAUUUUCUUCAGUUAUAGUAGAACAGGCGAGAUACGCAGCACACGAAGAAGGUGAUACGUGAAGAGUGUCACCUUCCUGAAGGGUGGUAAUUUUCACGCGUGGUCCCGCAUUCUGCUCAUUUCACUAUCCCAGGAAGAAAUGAGACUAAUAAUGACUAAUGUUUUAGGCUAGGAAAAUUAUCGAGAAUUUUUGCUUUGUUGUGCUAUGCUUUUUUCAUUCCAUAGGUAUGACACGCCCCAGUCUCGGAUGCAGGGUUUUAGUUCAAAGAAAUUUGUCUAAGAUUUUACCUGCUGCACUACGAGACAUGGCCGACUGGACUGCUGACACAAGAGUUAAGGUUGUUUGGCAAUUUUUUUGAUGUGAACUUUUUGAUGAUUAACUAACUGCAUAUCUCUUUGAACUGCAUAGUGAUUUACUGAAUUUUAUUAAGGAGAUGAAACUGAGCUAAACUGAACGGUAAAACUGUGACUGAACUAAUUUUGGGUAUUUUCAAUGUAUGUACAAGUAAGAAAAAACGCGCUGAAGAGUGUGAUUCUUUGUUCUCGCCCUAAUCUCUUUUAAUCAAUGAACACUCGGUGAAGAUCGCACUAACAUUGCAAGUCAACAAACUUGUUUCACUUUUGAUGGCUUCCAUAAGCAUUGCAAACAACAAAUCAGAACAUAAGAUGUUUUAAUUGCGGCGUUGUGCAUUUCAACAAGGUUUCAUCCCAGUUCCUUUGAAAUUGCCUUCCAAACAGCUUGGUUCUCUGUGUGAGGAAAGUUUUUGCAAACACGCCAAUCUUUGAAACCGUUGCUGAAAAAACAGCAGUCAUUUCGCGACCGCACCGUGCCACUGGUUUCCCAGCAAAAUAACAUCCGAGGAACGAACUCAGAAAUUCCAUACUGAUGACGUGUCUUUAUCCAGGUCUGGGUAGUGCUUCUGAUUGGUUGAGGGAUGACCAUUGAGACGCACUACCUAGAUUUGCACUCGUUCUUCAGAUGUCAUUUCGCUCGGAAACCAGUAGUGGCGUCGCAAAAUGUCGACCGUUUUCUUAGGCUGGCUGAAAUGUGGCGGUAGUGGCAGGAUCUGCUCUGUAAAAUUGUGACACCUGUACUAACAGAGCUGCGAUUUUCCCCUUCCUCAGGCUUCUUCUUUAGUUUAUUUCUUGCUAUUUUAUGCUGAGGACCACACAACUCAACACAUGGAAACACUGUUACAAGGGCUGUAUAAAGCUAGUCAGGAUGAAAAUGAGCAAGUUGUUAAACAGGUAACACCUUAUAUCCUUCAAUCGGCUAACUUUCCAUUAUAAGUCGAAACUGAAACAAAAAGAGUUGGCUUGGAUUUAGUUACGUUAAUUUUUGCUGAGUAUGUGCCGCUGGCCACUCAGAACACCUUUCCCAUUUUUGUCUAUCCUGUGGCCAAAUAAAGACCCCAUCUUAGUCACUUUUGGGAGAAUGUAAUUUUCGCGAUUCCAACUUGGUAACUUUCUUUUUAUGCAUAUAACUUAUAAAGCCUUUUAACUAGGUCAUCCUGAAAUUUUAUUGACACAUUGGUUAACUUUAAUGAAGUAAAAAUCUUCCCAUUUUUAAAUCCCUACCAGUACCUACCUGAAUUUUCUGAUCCCCCAAAUCCCGAAAAUGUGCGAUCCCAUUCUAGUAACUCUAAUGAAAGUACAGCCCCAUUAUAUUCAAUGCAGUCGUGGAAAUGCGAACCGGUCCAGCGGCACAUCCCCAUUAGCCUAUCACUAGGAAUUACUUCCCCCCCACCACGCCCUCGCGGAGAAAAAUGAUCUCUAGGGGGUUUAUUUUGCUUGUAAGCGAACAGGUGUAUAGGGAGUUUGUUGAAUAACAAAUUUAGUGCACCAGUUUUCUUCUUAGGGAAACAUUUCUCUUCGACAGUCAGUUUUUGACAUAAAGGUUUAAGGAAAUAAUAACAAAAAAACUUUCUUAUAUAACAAGCAGAUUUAUAUUGGUUUCCUAAUUGAAAUUAGCCCAGGCACUGUAUUUGGGGUAAAAAUCGUAACUCCCUUUCCCUUGUUAUUUUAAUUUCAAAUAUUGAUAGUUUAUGCGUUACUCUACCAAGGUUGUAUCAAGUGCGGAGCUGGUUGGUAGUUUCGUUGAUCCAGCAGUGUUUUGCAAGUUAGCUCUCCCUCAUCUCAAGUCUGCAGCAGGCAGUUCUGCUACUGGUUGCAGUAGUUGUUUGUUGAUUCUUGCAGCAUUGAUAAGGGGUUGUAAUCCAAAGCUCCUUAAACCUCUUCUAAAGGUAAGUUCCUGCAAUCCUCUGACCUCGCAGACGUUCUCAGGGCUUCGUCAUGUGUUCCUCCUUUACGAAUGAUUUACCUGCAGGAACUUAGCCUCUCAUGGAGAUGUUCUUAGGUCUUCUCAAUCGUUCAUGGCCUGAGGAACGCAUUAACAUUAAGGGCAUUCAUUUAUUGUAACCAGUGCCACAAAAGUACUCUGGUAAAGUCCCUCACACACUGUUAAAAAUUUGCCCUCAAAGAGCUUGAAAAGGAAGAAUAGUAAGAUAUUUAUAUUUGUAGGCUUGGUGUCGGCCUAUCACGUGUACAAGCACUCGCUCACCCCAAAAAGAGUCGCAAAUGAACCCUUGGCUAUCUCAGAGUUUAUUUCUUAAUGAAAAAAGUCCAGGUGUGAAGCUUUCUCUUCCCUUCCGUCAGAAUCGCUUUCAACCACUCUGCUCACUUUUUACCCACUUUUAGCUAACUUUUAAGAAAAUCUAUGGGAUCCUCUAUGAUUUUUCCUUUCAAUGAACAAAUGGCUGUACAUAGGCCUUACGAAGUUUUAACAAAUUAAUUUUAAGUGAUCAAAGUCUCGUUUCCAUUUUUUCAAUCACUGUUGUGAUGUUUAUUGUCGACUAAUAUUUUAUUGUGUAUUCUCAAUUCUAGGAUGUAUGUAAUACAAUUUCUUUACAAGAUGUCUGCUGCACAGAACAGUCUUCUUGUCAACAACACCUUUUAGCGACGGUUUCUGCCAUUGUAGACAAGGCUGGUGAAGAGACCGGCACCCACAGUUUCACAUUAUUCUACGUUUUAUUACAUGUGAUGGCCCUUCAGCCACAAGGAAGCCUUCAACGAGAGGUAUAAGUUGCGACGGAAGUAUCGAUCAUUAUUGCUGCAAGUACAGUAGAACCUCCCGUAAAGAACUCUCUGAGUAUCAGAGAACGCAGGAGCGUAGAAUCCAUAUAAGCACAUAUGCCCGUGCGUACAUCUGAAAUGUAAUCUGGAAAAAAAAUAUGUGCACUCAACUGAGAUUGGGAUUAUAUGUACGCAAAACGCAGGUGAAGUCAGUGAAAUUAGUCAGUGACGGCACGUCACGCCCUUUGCUUGUAACCUCCUUGAUGGCGUCACUGUUUUACCCUUUUUUCCCGUUAUUACUGUAACCUUACCGAUAACGAUAGAGAUGGGAAAAGUAAACAACUAACUGCUGCAUUUUUCUUCGUAUAUAUUUACUGAAAAUGUCUUGCGGAAAAAGCAGAAAAUGGCAUUUCCGAGACCCUAAAUGUCAGAUCCCCCCAGUCUAAGCCACCUUCGGCGCUAUAACUUUCAUCCUGUGCAUACGCUUUCAAAAUCGCACGCUGCGCCCCUGGAGAGGGUCCCUCAGGAGAGGUGCCCUCUAAAGGGAGUUUAAAAAUAAGGGUUUGUAAAUGGCUUGAAUCACGACUAGAAUCCUAAUGGUGCUUACCAAAAAUUGACCAGACCCGGUUUUUGAAGAUGAAAUGUGCUUUCUUCGAAAGUUUAAGCUAAAAACCCAUCACUACUGUGCAUUCACCAUUUACACAUAGACCAUAAUACACCUUGCUUGCACCCCGAAAUUUAGCAUAAUUAUUGUCCUCGAUUUUUCUUGGGACGGCUGUAAUACCCAGGAGAAAUUGGAAACAGUGGUUAUGCAAAAUUUUGGGGGGUAAAGAAGGUGCAUUAUGGUUUAUGUGAAAAUGGUGAAUCGGCAACAAUUAUUCCACGACUGCUCGUUGGAUGUGAGAUGAUAGAUAGCCAACAAGGCGCGUACACUGUAAUUUUCAGGGAGUUAUAAUUACUCCUCCAGCGGGGCUAAUCUAACUCCUUACAGUGGAGUUAUUUUUCGUGGAGUUAUUUUAACUCCAAAAAGGAGUUUAAAGAACUCUUUUUCAGGAGUAAAAGUGACCCCAGAUAUUGAGGAGUUAAAAUAACCCCAAAAAAGGAGUUAUCCUGUACCUAAAAUUUUUACUCCACUUUCAGAGUUAAAUUAACUCCAAAAAGAGUAAAAACAACCCAUGUAAGGAGUACAAGUAACCCCAUUUCGGAGUGAUUUUAACUCCAGACUAGGAGUAAAAAGAUUUCUUUUUCAGGAGUAAAAAUGACCCCAAAUUCAGAGUUAAAUUAGGAGUUAAAAUAACCCCCCAAAAGGGGUUAUCCUGUACCUAAAAUUUUUACUCCAUUUUUGGAGUUAUAAUAACUCCCUAAAAAUUACGGUGUAGGGCCGAGUUGGCUAUAAUCAUCUCGUAUCCAGCAAGUAUGAGUGGAAUAAUUGUUAAAUAAUUUGUUUUAAUUAAAAAAACACCCACAAAAUAUCGAGAAUUCUUCCCGACUUUAUUUGUAAAAACAACCGAUUUUCAGCUUGUUUUUAAUUUUGAGCAGACGCGUACAGUUACCAUAUUUGGAGAGCAUGGUAUAAUGGCUCAUAUACCAUGUUGGCUGAGCCAAUCAGAGCUUUAGAAUUGCAUUAUCCGAUGAUUCAGUUUUUAAUAAUUAGGAAUAGACUGACCUGGCUGGAAAUUUGUGAUUAACAGUGGAAAUCUCUUUACAACUGGACUGGUCUGGCAAAGCAGUUUUGACUGAUGGAAUGCGCCUUAAUUGUCCGCUUACCUAAGUGUCCGCUCAAGGUGGUUCGACUGUAGCUUGGCGCAUGUACGUGCUGUUUUAGUAUCGGAUCCAAUUUACUGUUUUGCGUUUCUGACUUCAUUUUGACAGGUGAAUGUUGUGUUAACCAAGCUUGCAUCAACGCAAAGAUUGGAAAGUGUGUCAAAGCUGUAUGAAAAUCACAUUCAGGAGUUCCUUGAGAAGCUUAAAGUAAGCAGUACUGCUUUAGGUUAUGCUGAGGCGGAAACACAUUGUAAGACUAGGCAUACUUCUUUUUUUAAGAACAAUCUGACUUGUGGAGCUAUGUACUCAGUAGAUAGAUACUUGUCUGUUUAGUAACUUAUCCACCUUGAAGACCGUUUACGAAAAUUAUUCGGUUUCUUGUGGACAGAGCUUUUAGUCGCCGCAUGAUUACUGAGUGUUCGGUGGGGAUCAUUUGUUCGUACUAAUGGUCUGUGUUUAUAGUCAGUGAUUAGUUGGAAGCGUUACUCGUUUGAAUGACGUCUAGUCCACUGCCGUCACUGUGUAGACAAUAGCCUAGUCGAUAGGUGUAGAUGAUAACAUUCACCUCUUUUAGGGAGACAUUCACUUCUCCUCCCUUCCCCUGAGUUCCUUUCAAAUACAGUGAACCUCGAUAUAUCGAAUAGCCGAGGUUUUAUUUCCUGCUUCUUUUGCCUAUAUUUUACCAUUACUAGGGCGAAGAAUGUCUUUCGGCAUACCGAAGUUCCACUGUAUUUGCUCAGUGACCAUUCCAACUUUUUAUUCUUCAGGUGAGCCACACCUCUUGGACUCAUCAUUCUCCAGAGUGUCGACUGUUUGAUGUGCUGUUGUCAGAAUCUGGACCAGUAGUUAGUGGGCACCUUACAGACGCCAUGGACAUCUUUACAGAGUGCUUAGACAGUCAGAAGAAAGACCCUGAAUUGCGACUAAAGUAAGUGGGUGCAUAAGUGUUUCCUGGGGUCUCUGAGAGUCACACACCCUACUGACGCCAGCGCUAGUUUUCUGCUAUGUAGAUGAAGCUGUGUUCAUCUUAUUAAGAGUUACAGAAAGGCAAGAAAAAAUUGGCCAGAAACAACUAGAAACUGAUGCCCGCCCGAUUUGGCCAACAAGGGUGAUCGCCUUAAAAGAGAUCAAGCGUUUGGUUAAGAUAGCUGAAUACUGGCCAAGUUCUUUUUUUUGCCCUUUUAUGAACCAAGACAAGGUCUAGGUCAAUAAAACUGCAAAAUCGAACGAAGCCAGUAUCCAUCCUUUGUUGACCGGGCAAGAUAAGCUUAUUUUUUUUCGGAUAGAUAAUCAGGAUCACAAUAUUCCCUUCAUCUUGCCCACUCUCGAAACCAGCCAUAUAACCGCCUGAAAAGGUUUACAUGGGUGUCCGCCGAAAAAGAGUUCAUUAUACAUGAAUACAGAAACCUAACGAUGACAUACAGUGGAACGUCUGUGUGCCAACACUUCUCGAAUUUUUCAACCAUCAAAAUCAGUUUGCCCUGUACUGGCCCCAGUUUUUCAAAAGUUGGAUGGCGCUAUCCUCCAGGGCCCAGUUGUUCAAAAGGUGAAUAACGCUAUCCACUGGACAAGUCACUAUCCACUGAAUAGCGCAAUUGGUUCCCGUAGUACUCAUCCGCUGGAUAGUGAUUUAUCCGGUGGAUAGUGCUAUCCAACGUUUGAGCAACCCGGGCCAGGUAAAUCACUAUCCAGUGGAUAAGUGUGAGGGAAACCAAUUACGUUUUCCAGUAGAUGGUGAUUUAUCCGGUGGAGAGAGUUAUCUACCUUUUAAUAAUAAUAAUAAUUUACCAAUUUAUAUAGCGCGUAUUUACAUGAAUUGGAGCCUCUCAUGAGUGACCGUCUUCUGUGGAGCACCACCACAUCUUGGCAUUUUGGAUGGUUGCUUGCGGAAGGUUUGGCCGUACUUCACUUCAAUCAGAGAAGGAAAUUAUUUUUAAAACUUACUUAAAUGGAUUGGAUAAUUCAUCGAUUUAAAUUCGGUAUCAUCGUUUCUGUUUUUUCCAACAAUAUAAGGCCUCUGUAACGAAGUUAUAUGGUGAAAUAUAGGUUAAAAAGUGGUAACAGAAAAUUUGCAAAUCGACACUUGGACGCCAUCUACCUUCUUUCUUAUGAAACUGAAUUGUUGCUGAUGCUUGCACGGCAACACAAAAGAAGAACCUCACAGUGAUGGAUCUUGCUAAUUUAAGCUGUUGCGAAUAAAUAACUUGAGAAAUAUUGAAAAUGCUAUAGUUAGCUGUGUUGAAAAUUAAAUACUUCAAGAUUAUUGUGCCGUUAAUAACACUUAUUUUGACUGAGGUAUGAAGCGAGUUAACGAAAUAUUUUUUUGUGAAAUUACAAUUACGAUCCCACGACCGAUCAUUUAGCCUCCCUCGCAGCCGUUUUUGUCCCGUCACGAAACGCGCGAGACUAACUUUCUUUGAGUAGCGCGUUAAUGCUAGUAAUAUUUAUGUUUGGAUUUACCCUUAGGAUGUUUUCCUUGUUGUCACGUCUUCUCAUGAAUCCUUCCCAGUCGGUGGAGUCAAAGAACGCUUUUAGCUCACAUUCAGUGACUGUUGUACAGAAACUUGUUAUUCGUAACUGUGUGUGGCAGGCAGGAAGGUAAAUUCAUAUUUAAUGUUGCUGAAUAGGUGUGCUGUAUUUAAUGCACCUUUUUAAACAGGACUUCUGACAAUGCCAAAUUUUUGUUACAAUUUGAGCAACAAUGUGAACGAACUUCUAUUACUUCCAGAACUGCUGCCGCUGUCCGUUCUGCAGCCAUCUCUUGUCUCUGGGCGUUACUAAACUCUAAUUUGUUAUCUUCUCAAGAUGCCUCGCAAGUAAUGAAGGAUCUUCUCACUCAGGUAUUGCAAAUCCACACUUGAACUCUGAACAGACUUAUAGAAGACUAGUGUGCGUUUUUUUCACAAACUGAGGCCUUUUUGUUAUCUUUCUUACAGCUUAUAACUUGCUUGGACGACCAUAAUCAAACAACACGGCUUGUAACGUGCAAAGCUCUUCAAAGAUUACUGGUAUCCUGCAAAGACACUUUUAAUGGUAAUGUGUUUCUUUUCUCAUUUACGCUAGUUAUGUGGCAGAAUGACUGAACAGGGGUAGUGUCAACGUGAUUUAGUGCUAGUUGUUUAUAGCAAUGCAAUUUCCUUGAGAGUGACCAGGUCUAAGUGCAAAUUACGUUAGAAGUAUGAUGUCGCUAAUUAAAACUGUUUAAGUGUCUUUGGUUAGGGAGGCCUAGUAGUUAAGGGGGUUGUUAGUCGUGGAUUGAACACCGCUUUCUGUUCCAGGUUAUUUUUAAUGGCGAAUGUUGUCUUUGGAGGUUGUCUCGUUUGUUUGUACGACCUGUUUAAAAUGAGUGUUCGUGAAAGUCCCCAAAACAGUACCGUAAACUGCCGCUUACAAACCCUAAGCUUACAUCAACUGGGAAUGGUCGUAAGUGGGAGGGGGUUGGGGCUUAAAAACGGCAGUUUACGACGGUAGGAGUUCGGCGCGGUGCCGCUACCCAAGUUACUAAGAAGGUAAUGGCAGGAUCUGACGGGAUGGAAAUAGUUUUAGCCAAUCAAACAGAUAUUGCGAGGUUUAAUUCCGCUAUAGAUGAGGUACUGUGGGACUAGCACCGUCUUGUACGUCUAAUUCCUAGUAGAAGUAAAGUUUACUUUGUCCGAUCUGUCUAUUUUCAGUGGACAUGCUUCACCAAAUCUACCCCGAGUUACUGAAAAGAAUGGAUGACAGUAGUGAUGAAAUUAGAGUCGUUGUCACCAAAACCUUUCUUGCUUAUUUUAGGUGAGGAUUAUAAACUGUUAGUCAAGUACCUUUGUAGAUAUGGUUCAAUUUCAUCGUUGGUAUUGAUUCAUUUUCCUUUGUUUUAAACUCAUCCACCAUUACUAUAUCCAAGAGCACAGAAAUAUAAAAUUUGAUCUAAGGAAAAAAUUGAGCCACAACAUAAACGCUCUAAUAUUUAAUAGACUAACUAAAAAGAGGAGUGUUUCAUCCAUUAUCUAGACCGGGUCUGAGAAGCGGAAUGAUGAGACGAGGCGCAGCCAGUUGAGCGAUUUUCGUCCCUUAAAAAAUAGUUUCAGGAAAUGUUCGUUUCAGUCCUCGCCAAAAAUCCUUGAAACACACAUGCACUUCCCUUUCCCUCUGCAAUGUUGAGAAGUGAUUGCAACGUUUCAUGGCUACAAAAACAUUGCAAAAGGGAGGAGGAAAAGGAAAGGGAGCGAAAUUUUCCAAAGUUUUUCAAGGUUUUUGUCUGCCAAAGUGGUUCGAGGUUUUUGCCUGAGACUGUGGCUAUAAGGCAGAAACAGUAUUGUGCGAUUGACCAAAAUAAAGAUUUUAUGCUUGGAGAACCACACUGAUCAUUAUAUCCAGAUGCGGGGUCUUUGUUCUUCACCUUUAGAGAGAUUUUGCCCUCUUAUUGGAAUAGUAUAUCACGCACAAUAAGGAGCUCGACCUCGUAAGGCUUUUGCCAUUGACACACGGGUUUCUAAAGCUAAGUAGGUAAAGCCGCCGUUUUUCCACGUGGACUGUCAUAUCCUGAGCCUGUAUUAACUCCUAAGACUACUUUCGACUCGAUUUAAUUUUGUAUGCCAUUUGGGUUCUGAAAUACCCCAUUGACCUUUCAGCGCUUGUGGAAGACAUGCACUCGAAUGUAUGGUUCAUUGUAAUGCAGUAUAAUAUGUCGUUUUAUGGUUACUGUGUAUUUCAUUUCCUGCCAGAGCGUUUCCUUCAAAGUACGACCACGACUUGUACAAGUUACAUUUGGAAGCCAUGUUCAAAGGUCUUCUUGUUCAUCUUGAUGACCCAGCAGCUUCUAUACAGGUAAAAUUACUCUUGCUCAUCUGACUAAUUAGGGCAGUACGCCAGGAUUAUAAGGUAGGUGCAAACCACCUGAAGUAUUCAGGAUCAACUGAUGGAAUUGAAUGAAUAGCCAGUAAACCAUUAGCUACAGGCUGUAUGAUCUAAAUGAAACGUGUGUUCAGGGACCUAUGUCGUUGUCACAAAGACCAGUUCUUUGGAGUGAACUUUUCAGGUAUACACAACAAUAAAAAACAAAACAAAAACAUAAGAAAACUAGCAACAAACAAAAAUACAAUGGUAGGAGUGAGUGGUUAGAUAUUGGAUCUUGAGUAGAUGGGAAUGGGGUGUUCUGUUAACAUAUAUUGUAUCAUGAAGAACAAGCGAGUUAUGUCAAAUCCUCAGCUUUUGGGUCUUUUUUGUCAAAAGACAUGAAGGUAAAUUUUAGCUUCUAAGACGGAAAAGAGAUUUCCGUCUUAUAGAUCGUUUUCACUGUCACGCAACAAAAAAAUAAAUUGGAAACCGUCCAGUAGAAGAAGCCAAGAAAAUGAAAUGUUAUAAAAGACUUUAUGGCCCGCAGUUUCUGAGUUAUUUGCCGAAACGUUUCACGCACCUUUGUAGAGCUUUGUAUGGAGACGCCAUAUUGGUGCACCGUUUUGGUGCACCAAUAUGGCCGCCGGAAAUCAACAAAAACGUCUGGAAUUUAAUAUUUCUAUAAAAGCUCUUUCGUUUCACUCGAGAACUAGCAUACGAACGCAUAAACAUAUCUUCUAAUACUUGAAAUAGUUAUACUGCUGAAAAUCAAGAGGAGAGACUUUUUUCAACGAGGUGGUGUCACGCACUGUAAAAACUCGGAAGUUCAAAUUGCUGUAUUUUCGAAAUGAAACAUGCUACGGGAAUGGAAACUUGUACAAAGAUUUACUUUUUGUUUAAAUUCAACCUAGUGUAAAUGAGAAUUCGUACAACCUCGCUAUUUUGACUUUACAAUUUGAUGACGUCACGGUGAAAACCAUCUAUAGAGAGUCAACUACAAGUAGUAAAGAAAGGCAGGGACAAACUCUAGGCGUCCGUUUUAGUGAACUGUCUGUCAUAGAGUCAACUAAAAGAUAUAAAGAAAGGCAGGGAUGAACUCUUGGUGUUUGUCUUAAAGAGAGUCAACUAAAAAGAGUAAAGAAAGGCAGGGACCAACUUUAGGCAUCCAUACUAGCAAGGUGUCAGUCUUAUAGAGGUGUCUAUUGCAGGAAGGAUAGGUAUUGACUAAGUGUUAUUUUACAGGUGUGCUGUAGUUCGGUGAUGACCAGUUGGAAUGUAGUGUUAGCCAAUGACGAAAUAGUAAAUUCUGCUCUAUUUACAGGAAGCAGUUCUCAGUGUGUUAAAAGAAGCAGCACAUGUGCAACCUCUCUUGUUGAAAGAACAGGUUGAGUCUGUUAGGCACAAGCACAGAGUGGCCAGGUAA